AGGGAGUCCUGUACUUCAGAAGUAUCAUGGCGGUCGGGUGAGAAGGAGUGUCAGUGUUUCUGUGCGGACUUUACUUCUGUCGUCUGACAGCGUUCUCCCAUGGAGUUUGCCUCCUCCCGAGAGACCAGAUCGUCUUCCUCCUACAACAACGGCUACGUGCCGGCAUUAGUACGGCCGCUGGAGCCGGGGAGGGAGGGUAGCAGGCUCGCCCUGCUGCUGCCGUCCCCCGAGUUGGGGAUGUUGCCCCGAUGGGGCUGGGGGCUGGCGCUCGGCGCCCUGCUCGCGUCGCUGUGGUGCGAGUCGCCGUGGCAGCUCGCUCGGGGCCUCGUGGCCGUGCUCCUACCGCUCUGCAGCGUGACAUGGGCCUUCUGCGGGCUCGCCUUCUACUAUCGCCGGGCCUGGAGAGACUCCAAUGUCUACCUGAUGUUCGGUGGGCUCUGCUUGGUCGAGUUUUUCGUACAGGUAACCUUAGGCGAAACAAUAGGUCUUCACCUCUUCAUGUGGACGCUUGUAGCGUUUCUGGGACUCACGGUGCUGUUUCCGAUAGUACGGAACACGCAGUACACCUCCGUCGGACUGAGCCUGGUCGGCCUGAGAGUUAUCAUCGGGCUAAGCCCGGACUCGCUGCCCGGUUUUGUGCGCCCGUUUCUCGGGUACGUGUGUUGCCUGUGUGGCUACGUCCUCUCCUGCUACCUCGAAACUGUGAUGAAAUCGUCCAUGCAGUUUAGCGCUGCCGACCCGCGGAUUUCCGUGAUGAGGCGACGGCGUAGCAGCCAACCGCCGCCGCCGAGCAGCCACCACAGGCACCGAAGAACGUCGCUACCCGCGUUGUCCCAACGAAACCAGCUGCACAGUGUGGUGGAUACAGAACUGAUGCGGGAGGCCCACGGGAUGGUGACAGACAUGCUGACAGACCCCUGCCUACCCCCAACUGUCAUCAGUGGGCUACGGACCAUCAGUAACCUCCUCAGUCCACCCUCUCAGUACUCACACAAACCCAAGCAGCUGAACUACCUGGUAGAACUGGCAGAAACUGGGAACAUUUCUGACACAGAGGAGUCCCUAUCCCCUUACACAGGGGAACGACCCUCUGCACUACCUAAGAGAUUGCGUCGCAGCCUGCCAAUCAGCUUGAUCCGCCGUAUGUCAACAACGUGGACAACAACGACCUCAGCGACCGGCAUGCCGACUCUGGAACCCGAACCGUCCCGAAUGCGCAGCGCCAGUCUGAGACAACCGCGCGAGGGACCGCCUGUAACUGGUAACAGCUUGGGUUACAUUAAGCCUCGCUCAUUUUCAACCUCCGCGUCUUCUGCGUUCGGUACGAUGCCGUUGAACGCGCCGUUCCGGCGAGGACGGGGCUCGUGGGCUUCGGGAGAUUUCUCGCCCACGCGGCCGGUACCCUCGCCUUACUCUCGUACGCUGUCGGACGAAACUGACCUGAUCAGGAGAAGAUACCAGUCCAGUCUGGAGAACUUCGCGGCGGAGAAACAAGAGAAGCGAGAGACGGAUUCUCCCGGCAGGCAGGUCACGUCGGACUACGAUAGCGCCGACGCGAAUAACAGCGACAGCAGCGACAACCUGCCUCAGGGAGAGGAAUGUCCCGCCGUGGAGCCCGACCAACCUGACGGAACAGAAGACGAAACUGUCACACAGAACGAAACUAAAGAAGACGACACUGAGGAGGCUGUGUCUAUGGAGGAGUACCUGAAAACUGUAGAUGACAAUGUUCUGUUGGAGCGUCUAUACGAGUGGGACUUCCCUGUGUUUGACCUGGAAAUGGAAUAUAAGGACUGCAUCCUCAGUAUGAUGGCGUAUCGAGUAUUCCAGGACACGGGUCUGUUUGAGGCAUUCCGUGUGCCCAAACACGAGUUCAUGAGUUACUUCAGGGCUCUGGAAAAUGGAUACCGCGAUGUUCCAUAUCAUAACAGGGUGCAUGCUGCAGACGUGCUGCAUGCCUGCUGGUGGCUGACGACCCAGCCCAUCCCCGGCUUUACUCAGGUCCCACUGGAGGAGGACGAGCCAGUCAGCAAAGAUCCCAACACGCUGACCCCUCCCCCGACCCCCGGGCUCCGUACGCCGCGGGCGAGCUUCACGGGCGUGGAGGAGAGCUACGGCAUCCUGGGAAUGAACUUUCCUGCGCUGGAGCUGAUGGCGCUGUACGUCGCGGCCGCCAUGCACGACUACGAUCAUCCCGGGAGGACCAACGCCUUUCUGGUGGCUACAAGUGCCCCACAGGCGGUUUUGUACAAUGACCGGUCAGUCCUAGAGAACCACCACGCGGCGGCGGCCUGGGCCCUGCUGCUCUUCAGACCCGAGCUCAACUUCCUCUGUCACCUGGAGACCGCCGAGUUCAAACGUUUCCGAUUCCUCGUCAUCGAGGCCAUUCUUGCCACCGACCUCAAGAGGCACUUCGACUUCCUCACAGAGUUUAACGCAAAGCUGGCAGCCUUGAACACUCCUAGUGAAACCAGUUCUGAGUGCUCCUUCAGUGAGGUUAAAGAGAAGGCGUCUGUAGCCAACUCCAACAGUUUAUGUCCAUUCUUUCACAUGAAUGAAGAUGACUCCCCCGGGAUAGACUGGCGUAAUGAGAAUGACCGGCUUCUCGUGGUGCAGAUGUGCAUCAAGCUCGCGGACGUCAACGGACCCUGCAAGGCAGAAAACCUGCACAUAACGUGGACCAAUCGGAUUGUUGCAGAGUUCUAUGAACAGGGUGAUGAUGAGGCAGGGCGAGGCCUCCCUAUCUCUCCCUAUAUGGACCGUAACAAGCCGUUCCUAGCACGGCUACAGGAGUCCUUCAUUAACCACCUGGUAGCCCCGCUCUGUAACGCCUACGCCGCGGCCGGCCUGCUGCCCGGGCACUGGGUAGAGGAGGAGGAGGAUCUGAGCAGCACGGCAGGCAAAGGGGAUUCUGAAAAUGAAGCCUCACCACCAGAGGACGAUGAUUCAGUUGAUGACGACGCCACUUGCCUGAAAAAGGAGCUGCAGCCUCGUAAGGUGACGAGUCCACUCACAGAAAACAUCAAACGAAACCACCAGCGCUGGCUCCAACUCCUGAAGGAAGAGGAGAAGGAGGAACAACAGAGCGCAGAACGAGACGAAAGCAAACGGGAGUUCGGCGCCGUUCCGGAGGAAGGGGAGGAAGGCCGCGACGAACACAUCGACAGUUUCAAAGACUUCGACAACGAAGCCGGGAAAGACGAGACGUUGAGUUCGGACGGAGACAACGCGACGGAAGAACAAUACACGCACUACCGGGGCAGGUCGCUGGAAGGCGAGAAACGGCGUAUCAUCUUCGAGAGCGGGACAAUUCAAAUUACCGAGGAGUCGACGAUAGAAGAUACGGUGGCGACCGAUCUCGUCUCACAGAUAAUGGAGGACACAAGGACAGAACUCAGAAACGUGGUAGGUCUGACGGAACAGGGAACUACAACGCAGGAAUCAUACGAUGUACAACAGAGACUCGAGCCCACAGACGCUUCAGAGGUUGAAUCAACCGAGAGGUAACUUUAGAAAAUCGGAGAAGUUUCUUCCCUCAAACAAUGUGUGUUGCAGUCCAGAGUGUAGAAUACAUGUUGUAGGAGCUGAAUUUUAGAGAACAUUUUCAUUCCUCUUAAAUUUAGACAGACAUAUCAGAGAAAGCUUAGACCAAAUCUACCUAGAAUUGUGUUGUGGGAACAGUCAGCAUACUCAACUGCAGUGCAACUUAAAAUGGAUUGGUGGAGCUUUUGUGUAUUUAUGUUACUGGGACCAACGUUAGCCAUGACUUCACAUGAUAGAUUACUUAUUUUUAUUUCGUACGCCAUCUAGUGGAGGUCACUAGAAAAUUGUUCAUUAUUGCUGUUUGUCAUGCAAAAUAUCAAUUUUUGAAUCAAUACAAAAUUACCGUAUACCGUACAGUGAACCAAAUUUUCAUUUAGGAACUCGUCAAUUUACACUCACAUUUCAACAUCAACAAAUCAGCAACUAAGUUUUCUUGUAUACACAUUUAAAAACUAGAAGGAAAUGGUACUACUAUUAUAUAACAGACUUUCUAGUACACAAAACUCCAU